AUGGCGACCGUGAAGAGCUCGGCACCUCCCUUCUCCAUCCGGCUCCUCGAGCAACACGCCGCCGCGUCUGGAGACGAGCGCGACCAGCUCCUGACGCUGUUGCCCGCAUCGUACCGCAAAGAGUCCGGUGACUUGGCAGCUGCCGGCCAGCAUGUCACGGCCUGCGUCGAGGAAGAGCUUGAUCUACGGCGCCUCACCAGCAUCCAGGGCUGGCUCUGGGUGGCAGGUAUGCCUCUGCCGCCGCGUGCCCUGCACCACCAGCUCCUGCUCGGCCGGGAGAUCUUUGUCACAGAGCAGAUGGAUAUGCAUCUCGUCUGGACCACUGGCCGGAUGUUUUUGAAGCCGGUCCCGCGUUUCCUCCUGGAGCCGGCUUUCUGGGUUCGAUAUCUCGCCUGCGAGGAGUGUGGAUGUUCUCCCGACACGAAUACGGCUAACCACGCCAUCGCCCGAACAGAAUGCAGGCGUCCACGGCUCCGCCAACGUGCGCUCGGCUUCCUCUACUCCUACGCCGCGCUGCUCUCGCACGAGAGCGAUUUCCGAAUCGCCCAAGAAAAGCACCUGCUGCCGACAGACAUAACGUGGUGCGGAUGGCGGAUACUCGUCGAGCAGCUGGACACCGAACACAUCUACCCCCACAUUGACCGGCGAUUUAUCCACGGAGAGCUGCGUCUGAGUCGUCUGAACAAAAUAUACGCCCUAUCACGGACGCCGAUGCGCGGAUACAUGGCUCGCUGGGAUCGGUACGGCGCCUUCUUCCACGAUCACUUUGCUUGGCUGGCCAGCGCAAUAGUGUACAUCGCCAUUGUCCUGGCUGCCAUGCAGGUCGGGCUGGCGACGGAGUCCCUCGGCCACAGUAAGGUGUUUCAAUCUGCGUCGUACGGCUUCACGGUGUUUUCCAUCCUGGGACCCCUCAUUGCCGCCUCAAUUAUUGUGCUUCAAUUCUGUGGCAUCUUUCUAUGGAACUGGAUGAAGGCUUUUCAUCAGAAAAGAACACGUUACUCUGAGACGCGCUUCUCAUAG